UAAACCCCUCCCCCCACCAGUUCAUUGAUUCCCCCUCUCGAGAGCUCGAAAGUUCCACAACAAUGGCAACUCCGAAUUCGUUCCGCGUCCUACUCCUCCUGUCCCUCUUUCUACUGAAUUCUUUUCAAUCCGAAUCGGCAGUGGCCAGCAUAGAUCUCGGCUCCGAGUGGCUGAAGGUCGCCGUGGUCAACCUCAAGCCCGGCCAGCCGCCGAUCUCGAUCGCCAUUAACGAGAUGUCCAAGCGCAAGACGCCUUCCCUCAUUAGCUUCCACGCCGACUCGAGACUGAUCGGCGAAGAGUCUCUCAACCUCCUCGCGCGCUACCCGAACAAAGUUUACUCCCAUCUCCCCUCUCUCCUCGGCAAACCCUACAGCUUCGCGCGAGAUCUCCUCCAGAAGCUGUACUUGAGCUACGAGAUGGCCCCAGAUGAUGUGCGGGGCGUGCCGGUUUUCCAGGCGGAGAGUGGGAAUUUUACGGCGGAGGAGCUGGUGGGGAUGGUGCUGAAGUAUGCGGCUGGGCUGGCGGAGACUCACUCCAGGGUGAGUGUGAAGGACGUGGUGAUCACGGUGCCUCCGUUCGCCGGGGUGGCCGAGAGGAGGGGGCUUCUGGCGGCAGCGGAUUUGGCGGGCCUGAAUGUUCUGGCGUUGGUGAAUGAGCAUUCGGGAGCUGCUCUGCAGUAUGGGAUUGAUAAGGAUUUCUCCAAUGGAUCAAGGCAUGUAGUCUUCUAUGACAUGGGGGCGAGCAGCACCUAUGCUGCAUUGGUGUAUUUUUCAGCUUAUAAUGCCAAGGAACUUGGGAAGAGUGUGUCCGUGAAUCAAUUUCAGGUGAAGGAUGUCAAAUGGGAUGCAGAACUUGGUGGUCAGAGCAUGGAAUUGAGGUUGGUGGAGUAUUUUGCGGAUGAGUUUAAUAAGCAGCUUGGAAACGGAGAUGACAUUAGGAACUCUCCCAAGGCAAUGGCCAAGUUGAAAAAACAAGUCAAGCGCACAAAAGAAAUUUUGAGUGCCAAUAUGAUGGCUCCAAUAUCUGUAGAGUCUCUAUAUGACGAUCGAGACUUCAGGAGCACAAUAUCUCGUGAGAAAUUUGAAGAUAUUUGCAAAGAUCUUUGGGAAAAGGCCCUCGUUCCUCUGAAAGAACUUCUUGAGCAUUCUGGAUUGAAGGCUGAUGAUUUAUAUGCAGUGGAGUUGAUUGGAGGUGCCACUCGAGUUCCCAAGUUGCAGGCUAAGCUUCAAGAGUUUCUUGGAAGGAAAGAGUUGGACAAGCAUCUGGAUGCUGAUGAGGCAAUUGUUCUAGGUGCCUCACUGCAUGCUGCCAAUUUAAGUGAUGGAAUCAAAUUAAACCGUAAGCUAGGAAUGAUUGAUGGCUCUACUUAUGGCUUUGUGUUUGAGUUGAAUGGUGAUGGUCUUCUGAAAGAUGAAAGCACCAGACAGCUUAUUGUACCAAGAAUGAAAAAGUUGCCUAGCAAGAUGUUCAGAUCAAUUGUUCACAACAAGGACUUUGAAGUUUCACUUUCUUAUGAGAAUCAAGAUCUUUUACCACUUGGAUCCUCUUCUCUGGUAUUUGCACAAUAUGAUGUGUCCGGUCUCUCAGAUGCUAGUGAAAGGUACUCAUCACGAAACCUUUCCUCUCCAAUUAAGGCCAAUUUACACUUCUCCCUCAGUAGAAGUGGCACUUUAUCGUUGGAUCGGGCAGAAGCUGUUGUUGAGAUAACUGAAUGGAUAGAAGUCCCAAGAAAGAAUAUCACAGUAGACAAUUCAACAUCUACUUCGGCUAAUAUUACGGAUGGUGAUACUAAGAAUCCUUCAGAUGAAAACCCUGACAAAUUGGAGACUACCAAUGGCAACGGUAACAGUUCUGAGUCUAGUGUUAAUGAUAAUACUAGUACUGUGGAUCUUGGUACUGAAAAGAAGCUGAAGAAAAAGACUUUCCGAGUUCACUUAAAGGUUACUGAGAAAACAACUGGGCCUGGAAUGCCUCUCUCGAAAGAAUCUUUUGCUGAGGUGAAACAAAAAUUGGAAGCUUUGGACAAAAAGGAUGCGGAAAGGAGAAGAACAGCUGAAUUGAAAAAUAACCUGGAAGGAUACAUAUAUUCUACUAAAGACAAGCUUGAAUCAGAUGAGUUUGGAGAAAUUUCUACUGAGCAAGAGCGGCAGUCUUUUAUUGAAAAACUUAAUGAGGUGCAAGAUUGGUUAUACACUGAUGGUGAAGAUGCUUCUGCUGCUGAAUUUCAAGAGCGCCUGGACAUGUUGAAAGCUAUUGGUGACCCCAUAUUCUUUAGAUAUAAUGAACUCACUGCACGUCCUGCUGCGUCUGAACAUGCUCAGCGAUACCUUACGGAGUUGCAACAGAUUGUGCAAGGAUGGGAAAAGAACAAAUCUUGGCUGCCGAGAGAGAAAAUAGAUGAGGUCAUUCGUGAAGCUGAAAAGUUAAAAAACUGGUUAAGUGACAAGGAGGCUGAGCAGAAAAAGACUUCUGGGUUUAGCAAACCAGCUUUCACGUCCGAUGAAGUAUACGAUAAGGUUUUAGAUCUCCAGGACAAGGUUACGAGUGUGAACAGGAUUCCCAAGCCGAAGCCGAAAGUUGAGAAACCCGCCAAGGUGGAAACCGAGAAUACUGGUGACAAAUCAAAUUCUACCGACUCUGCAUCUGAGGAAGCAAAAUCCUCGACGGCAGAUGACAAGGCUGAUGCAGAGUCCAAACCGCAUGACGAGCUGUAGGGACAUUUGAAAAGCCAAAUACUGAUAAUGCUCGGGCGAUAUGAAAACAGAGACGGUAGAGGUAGUGAAAUUGAUUACGGUUAGAAUGAAUGGAGUUUGAAUCCAGAUUUUUUAGUUAUGAUCGGCCUUUGCAAUUAUAUGAGAGUUGUUAAUCUUCUGUCAUGCUAAGCCUCUAUUUAGAAAAGAGAGUUUAAGCUUUUAUUCCUACUUAUAAUUUUUUUCUCUAGAGAACUUUUGGUGGCUAUUAUAUCAUUUGUUAGCCAUCUUCGCUAUUGAGAGAAUUUUGUUCAGCUAGUUCGUUGAAUAUACAAAACUUUGUAAUUUAUAUAUGACAGCAGUGUUUGUAGUCUUUCAUUUUCAAUCAAUUGCGCUGUGUAAAUGCAAAAUGUUUAGUAGUUGUAAGUUAGAUAGAGUUAUUAUUAUUUCCCCCCAUUUUAGUCUUAGAAGGUUGUCUGUUCAAAUAGAUGAGAUGAUGUUGAACAAUUAUAAAAUUGUUUGACAAUAAUUUUUUGGGAAUUUUCUUUUUCCAUGCAAACAAGAAAAAAG